AUGGACCGGGAUACCUUGCACCUCUCCAUUCUCAGGUUUAACAUGCCGGGAAAGCAAGAUUUUAUGCAGGCUUUUGAAGCAGCACGAGCACGUUUCAGCGCCGAAUGGGCAUUGCUGGAGGAGAAACAGCCACCAUUAUACCAACAGUAUGAGGGCAUGCGUGCCCAGUUACAGGACCAAACCUCUCGUGUCCAACAGGACGCAAACAUGCAACCCCAGCAAAUGCAACAGCAAGUGGCACAGACGUGCCAAGAAGCCGAAGCUGGCAAAGCGUAUCAAGAGGAAUUGCAGGCGCAUAUUGGCCAACCGCAGGAGCAAUUACAACAGAAGGACACACAAAUGAUGGAAACACAGUCGCAACUAGCGGUGGCGAUCGAACAAUCACAACGCCAAGGACAACAGAAUGGUUCUGAUGAAAUUCACAGUACCGCACCUCAGAUUCACCCAAAACGAUACACUAAUGUAACGUAUAAGGCAUGUAGAACGGAAUAG